AUGGGUGAGAACCUGGAGGCCGAGGACAAGGAUGACGGCAACAGUAUCAGCAUCGUCACCAUCAGAUGGCCGAACCAGGAAUGGCGAGGUAACACCAAGCAGCCCGGCUUCGCCAAAUCGGAACUGCACGGCUUCAGGCUAUACAUGGUUCUUAUCGGCGUCUGCUUCGGCGCCUUUGCCAUGGCUCUCGAUGUCUAUGUCAACGGAACGGCUUGUCACUCUGCCACCUACACGUUGGCGGUCUGCUCGCUGACCCCCUUGGCGGGCAAGAUGGCCAACGUCUGCUCGCUCCGCUGGGUUUACCAAGGCUUCUUCGUCUUCCUCGUCGGUAGUGCCAUAUGUGGCUGGGCCUCCACAAGCGAAAUCUUCAUCGUCGGCCGUGCCAUCUCGGGCAUCCGCGCAGCUGCAGUCACCAGUGGAGGUCUCACGGUCUUUUUGUCUUGGUCAUAUCCUCACCCCAACAGGGUCACCUGGCGAUGGUGUUUCUGGAUCAGUCUACCCGGUGGCGCCGUCACCCUGCUUGCCAUGUUCUUCUUUUUCAAGCUGCCGCAACGAGAAGACGAGCUCGCGACCACCAUGAAGAAAGUGUUGAGUCUGGAUCUCGUUGGGUCUUUCAUCUUCAUCCCCAGCAUCUUCAUGUUGAUCCUCGCCCUACAAUGGGGCGGAAACUCUGUCAUGUUCUCCUUCUGCCAUCUUGGUGCUCUGUCCGUCUCGUCUUACUAUCUCCCGGAGUGGUUUCAGGCAGUCCAGGGCGCUACUCCCUUCGAGAGCGGCAUAAGGGUGCUGCCGUCCGUCAUGUCACAAAUCGUGGGAGCGAUUUGUGCAGGUGACAUUGCCCUCAAAAUCCGUUUUAACGACCCUUGGUUCUAUGUCGGGCCAGUUUUGGUGUGCACCGCAGCCGCUCUGUACAUCCAGUUCACCGUCUCCAAUACCCCAUCGAGCCAAUGGAUCGGGUUCCAGAUCAUCCAGGGCCUGGGUGUCGGCUUCGCCAUGCAGAUGCCAUCUCUCAUGAUCCAACUGGCGCUCAAGGACCGCGCUAACCUCUUGCCCAUCGGCAUCUCACUAAACAUCUUCGCCCAAUUUCUCGGGGCUACCGUCGCGCAGGUCAUUGCCGGUGCUAUUUUCCACGCGCGUCUGGAGAGCCAGCUUGCCUCGCGAGCUGCGCUGUGUCACGACCAAAUACGAUUACUUUACCGGAGCGGUGUCGCCAACGUGCGAGCCAUUGUGGACCAAUACUUUCCGUCGCUGUUCGACGCCAUCAUGGAGUCGUACCACUCUGCCGUCGCUCAGACACAUUUCGUCGCCGUUGCCUCAGCGGUUGUGGCUUUUUCCCUAGCCUUCGGGAUCGAGUGGAUUAGAAUCGAGGGGUCGGCUAUCAAGUUGGGCAACCAGGACAAUGUGGAACCGGCAGUCCCGAGCAGGGAGGAGAGGCCAUCAGGAGCAACAGGGCAUUGA